CAAAGUACUCAUGCGAUGAGGUAUAUUCGCAGCCGUGUGUUUCUUCUUUUUAUGAGCUGGGUUAUCCAAAGUGUUGUAUAUAAAGUGGACAAAGAGAAAAAGAAAAAGGAAAGCAUUCUAGACCUCUCCAAAUACAUAGACAAGGCAAUUCGAGUAAAGUUUCAGGGUGGAAGAGAAGCAAGCGGAGUACUGAAAGGAUUUGAUCCACUGCUGAAUCUUGUACUGGAUGGCACAAUAGAAUAUAUGAGAGAUCCAGAUGACCAGUAUAAAUUAACAGAGGACACACGGCAGCUGGGGCUGGUAGUCUGCAGAGGAACAUCUGUAGUGCUGAUUUGUCCACAGGAUGGCAUGGAGGCAAUCCCAAACCCUUUUGUUCAACAACAAGAGGGUUAAUGAACAAUAUUAAAUUUCUUCUCCCAUAUUUCUUUGUUAGAAAGAAUAACUUCAAGUUGAAGAUUGUGGAGUACUGAAUUUGUUUUGUUUAUUUUAUAUAGAACAUUUUUUUUUUUUUUUUUUUUAAAGGCAGAGAGAUGCUAUUUUAGCAGAGCCAGCGUAUUCCAUAUAUUUCAAAUAUACUGAUUAUUUCAUUGGAA